GACUACUGGAGGGAGCUUGCAAUGGCCUGUGCUCAAGGCGCCAUUUACGACUCCACCGAGCGUCAGCCGUAUCCCAAGUGUCUUCCGGGUACUAGAACAGAGUUCCUCGAAUCGCUUCGAACGACAGUUCAUUCAGAGCCUCCGAACAUCAUUUGGAUCGUGGGGGACUCUGGGUCGGGGAAGUCGACGGUAUCACACACGUUGGCGGACGAGCUUCGCGAAGAGGGCUUGCUUGCAGGCACGUUUUUCUUUUCACGGUACUCCCCUCAACGCAGCACUUUCGGCCUCGUCUUCCUCACCCUCGCCUAUCAGCUCGGGCUGAAGCAUGCAAGAGCCCAAGCAAUCAUCACGAAAGCCAUCUCCGACGACCCUUCCCUCCUCGAUCCCGCCAAAUCCCCUCGCGAUCAGCUCGAGAAGCUCGUCAUUCAAGUUUUGGAGUGGUUCAACGUCCCAGGUAGAUGGGCAGGCAAGAACAUGUCCAUCAUCUUGGACGCCCUUGACGAAGGUAUAUCCGAGUCGAAAGGCGUACCAGCAGCUCUCAUUCAGCCUUUCAUCGCACACCUUGUUCGCCUCAUCCGGGAUUCCAGACUCCCCAUUCGCAACAUCAUCAUCUCUAGUAGGCCAUGGCCCCAGAUCGAGUACGUGAUGCGCAAUCCGGACUUUGGCGACAUCCUUCAAAUCAAACCGCUCGGCGAAUCAGCCAACGAUGUCACCAAGUACUUACGACACUCCUUCCAGCAAAUACGCGCCUCCCACCAUACAUCGUUAUUCCGUUCAGGUCCAUGGCCACCCGAGGAAGACAUCCGGAUGCUAUCGGAGCGGUCCAGUGGCCGGUUUAUUUUUGCAGCGACCAUAAUUCGACAGAUUAACCAAGGCGAGCCUCAUCGCCGCCUUGCUCUGAUAUGCGGCAUGCUGCGCGGCAAGGUGCGACGGACCUGGGGCGACGUCCAUGACCUGUACAAAUCCAUCAUCGACGAUAUCGACGAGCCCACUCGUAAAAAGGGCCUAUACUAUCUCUCCCUCGUUGUUCAUUUGAAACGGCCGCUAUCUUUACCCACGAUGGACUGGCUGUUCGGAGACCAUGUACAGCCAUACCUUAUCCCUUUCUCAGCUCUCGUCUCGGUUCCUCUACCCAACUCGGAUGGUGCUGUUCAUGUAUCCGAGCCACAUCUAGACCUCUCCCGUUAUUGCCUUGAUGCACUUCAUGAGGGAAGGUGCUUGGUUGAUGCGUAUGAAUCAGGGCCAAGUUACGUUUUUGACAAUUUCCUCACGCAUCUUCGUCAGUGCAAGCACAGCAACGAUCUUCAAAACCUUCUUGCCGACUUUUUGGAGGAUGUCUUUGAUGGUUUACUGGAGAAAAUAAGACCGCUGUAUCCAUCAUGUGUCACUUUGAGUUUUGUUAGAAAAGUUAAAUACGGGAUGAAAGACAUCAUUGAAAAUCAUGAGGAUCUGGCACUCCGGCGGAACAAGAACACAUCUACAUACCCGGCGAAUCUGUGGACGGUAUGCCAGAGGAGAAUGGAUCAGGCAGAAAGAAAGUACCCCCAGGCAUACCUCAAGUUACUGAUACAGAAAAUGUCCAAAAUCAAAAAAAGAAAACACAUUGAAGUUCUACGCGAACUCUCGGAAGUCCUAACGUCGAUGCAGGCGGAACUUGAACGGAUAUCCGUGAACAAACAAAGGCGGGACAUAUCCGACGUGCGCGAGAGACGUACUUGAAGCGUGUAGAUGGAUUUCGCUCGAUGCGUCGUAUGUUAAUAUUUGACGGGGAGGAUAGUAACGGAAGCAUCAAUACAAGCGAGCGCAUUGCAGGCGCAGCCGCUACCGGU